AUGGCUGCGGAUGAAGACAACUUUGACAUUGAUAUCUAUGGAGAUGGCGAAGGCGAAGGUGACUUGGGCACCGAGUCGGGACAGAUGGAUUUUAAGGUAGAAGAGGAAGAAGAAGGACACAAUUUCGAAGCGGAACACGACGAAACGGCCCUCGCAGAGAACACUGAAGAUAAUCUGGAAUCAGAACAACAACAACAGUCUCAUGGCUUUGAUGGGACCGAGGACCAAGGCCACAGACAAACCGAACAUCAAGAAUCCAGCAACAAUGAGCCCGUCGCACAAGUGCCAACGCCUCAACAGGGAACGAAGCGGAAAGAAAGCUCGGAUGACAGACCAAUCGACCAUGGCGCCACCACUGCUCUGAUGAUUUCAGACUUGCACUGGUGGAUAACCGAAGACGACAUUCGUGGAUGGGCCAAUGAAGCUGCGGCCGAAGACGAGUUGAAGGAUAUAUCUUUCAGCGAGCAUAAGGUGAAUGGCAAGAGCAAAGGUCAAGCAUAUGUCGAAUUUUCGUCGCUACAGGCUGCAACAGCGGCCAAACACAAGAUCGAGAGUGUGGGAGGAAACCAGCCUGGCUCCCGCAAGCACUCGGUCACCUUCACUGUCGCGACGCAGAACCCGUUCAAGACACUCCCGAAAGAAGCCCCCAGAGCCCGAGACGACCGCCCGCCCGUCCGUGGUUCGUUCCACUCGACAAGUCGCGGAGACCAUGGCUAUGGUGCAAUGCAUCAAGGAUACCGAGGGGGUCGAGGAGGAGGUUUCAAUCGUGGCGGAGGCGGCUACAAUAACCAUAACCAAUAUAACCGCAAUUUCUCGGGUCCUAUGGGAGGGUACAACAAUAACAACAUGAUGGGCUUCCAGGGCAAUAUGGGCGUGGGCAACAAUUAUGGCGGGUUCAAUCGCGGCGGUAUGAUGGGCAAUCCUAUGCGAGGAAACAUGGGCGGAAUGCGUGGCGGUCGAGGUGGUAUGAACAUGAUGCCCAUGGCUGGUGGCAUGGGCAUGGGCAUGGGCAAUAUGAAUAUGGGGAUGAAUCCGAUGAUGGCUGGGAUGGGUAUGGCAGGUUUCCAAGGGAAUCAGUUCAACCCCGGAAUGUUCAAUGCUGGACAAGGGGGCAACUUUGGCGGAGGCGGCGGCGAUUGGAAUCAACAUGGAGUCAAGCGACAACGACAAGAAUAA